AUGUCUCUUGAGGAGUUGCGGACUGAGCUGAAGGCCCUAAAGGUGCAAAAUGCGGCUCUACAAGCCCAGCAGAACCAGCCUUCAACAUCUGACACACCUACAUCCGACACCACGGCACCAACAAAAGGCAUAUGCGGUGUUACAGUCAAACUGCCUCCGUUCUGGGCCGACCGACCAGCGGUAUGGUUCGCCCAGGCAGAGGCACAAUUUCAUUUGGCAGGAAUUAAGGCAGACAUGACUAAAUCCAGUCAUGUCAUCAGCAUAAUUGACCAACGACUAAUAGGAGAGAUUGAAGACAUUAUCAUGAGCCCGCCGGAACAUGAUAAGUAUAAAAUAUUAAAAGAAGAACUGAUCCGGCGGCUCUCUGUGUCGGAGCAGCAGCGGGUCGAGCGACUGUUAAGCAGCGAGGAGCUCGGAACCCGCAAGCCGUCCGCUUUCCUCCGCCACCUACAGUCUCUUGCAGGCUCAUCUAAAGAUGACAGCAUCUUAAGGCAGUUAUGGAUGAGACGGCUACCAGGGCAAGUUCAAGCGAUUUUGACUGCUCAGUCCGACAUCAGCUUAGACAAACUUGCAGAGCUGGCUGACAAAAUAAUGGAAGUCACUCCUGGUCCACAACAAGCAUGUCAGGUAACUAAUAAUUCGGGACAGCCUGAUCUCAACGCUGUAAUGGCCCGCCUCGAGCAGCUCACACAGCAGGUUGCUGCCAUGACUACAAGAGGGCAGCGUGGCAGAUCCCGGAACAGGUCAUCAUCGCGCAGCAGAAGCCGAACCAACUCCCCGGCCAGCGGCGCGACUCGGCUGUGCUGGUACCAUAAAAAGUUUAAUACAAGAGCUACCAAAUGCAACCCGCCUUGCAACUGGAACAACUCGGAAAACUCGAACAGCGGUCAGUAA